AUGUGUGCACUUAUAGAGACUUUUACUGUACCUUUAAUUAUUUGGUUUAUACAAUAUAGAAAACUUUCUUUAAAACAAGCCAUUAAUUUUAUCUCUAAUGCCUGGGGAGAAAUUGGUGAAAAUACUAUAAAAAAUUGCUGGGGAGCUACCAAAAUUAUGCCAGAAACAAGCGAACCAGAUGAAAAUGAAUUAGAUAAUGAAUUUCAGGAUGAGACCACUAACGUUGAUGAUGCUACUAAGCUACUUGAAGAUCUUUUAGCUGAAACUAACCCAACAGUCCAAGAAUUAUUAGAUAAUAUCGAAGAAUAUAUCGAAAUAAUUGACCAGCCAGCUGUGACAGAGGACUGGUGA